AUGCAACCAGCAUAUCCAUGGUCUCAACAGCGGCUCACGCUCACGCCUUCCCUCACGAUCCCGAAGCUCGGUGUCGCCCCUCCCAACACACCGUCGCCCUCGCCUUUCCCUAGAUAUGGUCAUGCGAUGCCGAUGACGGCCACUGCCGCGGGCGAACUUUUUAUAUUCGGCG